AUGGCGGGGGACGACAUCGUUCCCUUGCUGGGGAACAACCGAGAGCUCGGGCAGGUCUUCCCUCAUUGGGACCAGCUUCUGCUGUUCGCGAGUGGCCAGAUCUCGGCAUCCGCCUUACAUAAGCCUUCAGAGGUGAGAAUGCGGGCCAGAGCGACCACAGGCUUUGAACUACCUCCGCGUUACUCCUUCACUGAUGCGCACACCGUUGUAGGUGGUAUCACAAAGUCAUUUGCAUCCUACUGGGAAUCUGAGUGUCGGGCAAUGAAGCAGAAGCUUGUGCCUUCAAUCUACCUGUGCAUGUGUGUUUUCCAAACUCUGGCGUGCUGUUGCCAUUGCAAGAUGAGCCGAGGGGAGCUGGGAGCUUUGGAUGAGACAUCCUGGCUGGGAAAGCAGGUGAUCAUCUCAAACUACAUCCAGGGUGCCUCAAAUUGCAUCGUUACCGCCUCUCACUACUCUGUGUGCUGCAUCAACGAGUGCGAGCCGAUUAUGGAGGAGAUCGAGGCGGCUGUUGAAGGCCCUCUGGCAGAUCCGGACUUCAUGCUCUCUCUCGUGGGCAACAUGACGAGCCUGACGACGUUGGAGGACGAAGUCGAUGUGCAGUUGGAUGAAUCCUUGGUUUCGCAGCUCCACUCCAUUGCCAAAGCCCAUGGCGGCAGGGUUCCGAUCCAUGGUCGGCUCUUUGCGCAGUGGCUUCACUACGUCUUCCCCCGUGACUGCUCCUUCCCUCACAAGUCCGGGGCCGCCCAGUCGCUCUCGCCCACCCAGUUCGGCGAUGGCUAUCUGGCCUCGGAUGACGAGAUGGAAGCCCACGCCAAGGACACCAAAGCGGAGAUUCCUCUUGCAACAAUGAAGAAGGAAGAGCUUCAGUGGAUGUCCCAGUGGAGUGAAGAUGAGGAGCUCAUCGCGAGCUACAGCGGACUGCUUGCCGGCCCUUCCUCUGUCUUCCAGGGUGGUGCUUCCAAAACUGUCAUCGCGCUGGGAUUUGGGCUGUUCAUGCUUGCAUACAGCUGUGGCAAAAAAGACCGCCAGCGAUCAGCACCCUUCCGCCACACGGCCGAGGCGGCUGCCACUGCCGGAGACCCCGUGGCCAAGUUCUGCAUGCAACAUGCGGUGGACUAUUCUGCCGAGAAUGCCCUCAGAGCUCUGCCUGUUGAGCUGCAGUGUAAGAUUUUGAAUGAAGGGCCGCUUCGGGCUUCCAAUCCGUCGGCUGUUCUCAUGAGCCGGAUACGUAAGGCACAGACCCUCCUGGCAGAGAUGAGACGGCUCGGAAAAGUGCCAGUGUAA